UAUGCAAACUGGCUAAGAGCUGUGAUGAUGUCACAGAACACUGAUAGACCCAAGGGCUAUUUCCCUUCUACAGACUUGGAAAGAAGUUCACCUCAGAACCUAUUAGGGCAAACUAUGAAAACUCGUUAGGGUUAUUCUCCUAUCCUGAGAUCCACCACUGCAAAGGGACUUCACGAAGUCCAAGGAUCUCACUUUUGUUCUUUUUUUUUUCUUUCUUUCUUUUUUCUCUUCAUUGUUUUUGUUUGUUUCAUGUGAUUUUUCAAGUCAGUUAUUCUGGAUGUUUGAAAACUGAAUUAAGAAAAAUUCACGCUGAAAUUGGCUGAAUGUUGCAAGCUUGCAAAAUGGAAGGAUUUCCCCUCAUUCCCCCUCCCUCUGAAGAUAUGGUGUCCUAUGAGUCAGACCUCUACCGACAGCCCCAUGACUAUUACCAAUAUCUCAACAGCGAUGGAGAGAGUCAUGGUGAUCAUUACUGGGAGUAUCAUCCACACCACAUGCACAGUGAGUUUGAGACCUUUGGAGAUAACCACUUUACAGAACUGCAGAGUGUACAGCCUCCCCAGCUGCAGCAGCUCUACAGGCACAUGGAGAUUGAACAAAUGCAUGUCCUGGAUUCUGCAAUCCCAACCACACAUAUUGGACUCAACCACCAGGUUUCCUAUUUGCCCCGGAUGUGCCUACAGUACUCCUCUCCACCACAGCCCAGUUCUGAUGAGGAGGAUAUUGAGAGGCAGAGCCCACCACUGGAGGUAUCAGAUGGGGAGACUGAUGUCGCGGACCCUGGGCCUGGAAUCAUGCAUGGCGAGACAGGCAGCAAGAAAAAGAUUCGUCUGUAUCAGUUCCUUCUGGACCUUCUUCGCAGUGGAGACAUGAAGGACAGCAUCUGGUGGGUAGAUAAAGAAAAAGGUACUUUCCAGUUCUCCUCCAAACACAAAGAAGCAUUGGCACAUCGCUGGGGAAUACAGAAGGGCAAUCGCAAGAAAAUGACCUACCAGAAGAUGGCACGGGCUUUGAGAAACUACGGCAAGACAGGGGAGGUCAAAAAGGUCAAGAAGAAGCUGACCUACCAGUUUAGUGGAGAGGUGAUGGGAAGGGGGGUCACUGAUAGGAAGCAUUAUCCUCACUGAGGCCACGGGACCCUAAGCAAGAAAAAUAUUAAGACCUCCUGGCUGAAAAUCAGCAGAGGAGAUGGACGCGUCUUUCUCUUUGCUUCCUGUGCCCCCUUCUCUGCCUCUAAAGGGCCUUUACCAUCAGAUGUUUCUGGUACGAAUUCCCUUUUUCAGCAUCUGAGAAUCCUAAACAUGACAGAAUUCUUUGCUUCCAUCCUACAAAUUGGACAGAGUUGGGAAAUAUAAGCAAUGUACAAAUAUAUUAUUGUCAUGAAAGAUUUUUUUGAUUGUAUUGUAACUAAAGAAUACAGCUGAUGAAGUUUUGCCUUCAAGGGUGGUGCUGUGUCACUCACAGUGACACUGCAUUAGCUUACAGCUUUCAGACUAGCAUUAAUACAGGCUCUGCCGCAGCUCUCAAAGCUAGAGAGAAGUUUGCAGAUCUGAGAAUGAUACUGGUUCUUUUAAAUAGUAAUAACAUGUACAUAUUUAAUAAAAUUUGAUAUAAUUAAGUCCUAGUGUUUGCAUAAUAAAUGAUUACUUCACAGACAAAUCUCAUGGUGCAUUCAAUCAUGCAGAUACAGCUCACAUUUGGUACCUAAACAUAAAGCACACUGGGCUACAGGGCUCUCUCCCUUUGCCCCUACUUUUACUUUAAGAUGUCAUCAGUGCUAUCAAAUUAAGAACCAAGGAUAAUAGGUGACAUUCAUUACUGUGAAAGAAGCUACAGUACUAAAUUCAAUUUUAGAAUAUAUAGAUAUAUCUUUUUUUUUCUUUUCUUUUUCCCCGUGCAAAUGAAGCUCUGCCAAUUGAAUAACUUCUAUUCACUUAUACCAAGAAGGGCAUUUAUGGCUCUAUCCGGUUUAGGACAUAAGAAUUAAUCAUGUUCUUCUGUGGUUUCAGUCAUUUUCCUACUCUUGUUCUUUCCUGUUGCUUGCUUAUCCACAGUGGUAUCCUGACUUUGGUUUAUGAACCUUUCUGGAAAAUGAGAUGUCUUUAAUCAUGUUUUUGCAGAUUUCUGCCUCAAGAGGUUUUUAAGCUUUUAAUUGUGGAAUUUAUCCCUACUGUAAAACAACAGUAACUAAUAACAAUUGCAUUGUACAAAUUACACUCAAAAUGCAAAAUAAAUGAGAAUUCAACACCUGAGAUACAAUGGAAAACU